UCCAAUUCCGUCAACCCGCAGUGCAACAACCAAAACCACAUCCCAUCAAAGAUGUCAAAGUGCGCCGCACGCCAGACGAUAACUUCGAGAACAUCAUCGCAGCAGCAGCAGCAGUGCAUACAGUUCACAGGAAGAGCGGAUAUCUUGUCGAAUUCAAGAGGGAACUCCCGCGUGAUUGGCGGUUUCGGCCGCGGCUCCUCCGAGCUCGGCAUCCCGACCGCCAACAUCCCGUCCACGGCGCUCACCGCGCUCACGCAAUCCGGCAUCCCGGCCACGCAGACGGGUAUCUAUUUCGGUCUGUGUAAAGUCGCCGGCGUGUACGGCAGUCUCGAGCGGAGAGAGAGAGAGAAAGAGGAGGAAGAAGGGCCGCCGCAGAGUACGAUCGUGCCUUCCACGACGGAGAUUACGGACGCGGACGCGACGGUGCUGCCGAUGGUGAUGUCCCUAGGCUGGAACCCGUUCUACCACAACACCGAGCUGUCGGCCGAAGUCCACGUCGUGCACAAGUUCCGCGCGCAGUUCUACGGCGCCAAGAUCAAACUCGCGGUGCUGGGCUAUAUCAGGCCCGAGUCGGACUUUGUCAGCGUCGAGGCGCUGGUCGAGGAGAUUAUGCGGGAUAUCGAGUAUGCGAAGGAGAAGUUGGGUGAGGAUGGGUUUCGGGAGUUUGUGGAGGAUGGGUUUUGGAGUAAGGAGGAGGAGUGAAAGAGUUGAUAAUGUA